CUAUUUAUAUUAGGAGCCCUGCCCCCGAUUCCCCGCCAGUUCGGGAGGCCCCGCCCCUCGCGGAUUGCGAGGACGCGGGCGCGCGGCCGCAAUCGGAGGAAUACGGCUUGGUGGGCGGUUUCCCGCGCCGAGAGGAGAGCUGGCCACUGCGCUACCGCCUCGCUCGCAGCUGCGCCGGGCUGUAGCCUAGCUCCGCGUUCCGGAGUCGCCGCAGCCCACGGGCAGGUGAGCCCAGCGCGCUCCGCGCUACCCAUACCCGGCGCACAGGGAGUCGGGGGCGCGGUCAGUUCGCUGCGCCGGGCCCAGGCUGUCGUCGCCUCUCCCAACGCACAGCGCAGCAGCUAGGUGAAGCCACAGACUCUUGGUCUCUUGCCUGUCGCCCUCAUGAGAAAAACCAACAUGUGGUUCUUGGAACGACUUCGGGGGUCUGGGGAGAACGGAGCCAGCCGCGGUGAGGCUGGUGACAAGUCCUCCAAGGGUCCCUUGUAUAGCAACGUGCUGACUCCGGACAAGAUCCCCGACUUUUUCAUCCCGCCCAAGCUGCCCUCUGGCCCCACAGAGGCUGAGGGACAGGCGGACCUGGGCCCCUCCACCUCAGAGCAAAACCUGGCUUCACCUGGGCCCCGCCGAGCACCUCGCAGUCCCCGGCUGCCGGUCAAGUUGGCCUCAGAGAGCAGGAGCCUGCUGAAGGCAGCCACACGACAUGUGAUUCAGAUAGAGAGUGCGGAGGACUGGACGGCCGAGGAAGCCACCAACGCUGACCCCCAGGCGCAGGGUGCCAUGUCAUUGCCCUCUGUGCCCAAGGCUCAGACAUCCUAUGGCUUUGCCACACUGGCCGAGAGCCCCCACACCAGACGCAAGGAGUCCCUUUUCCACAGUGAGCACGGGGCCCUGGCCCAGGUCGGAUCCCCUGGUGCUGGCCGCCGGCGAGCAGGGGCCAAGGCCAAUGGAGGUGAUGGGGGUUCCCGGGAGGUUGGGGGGGCCCUGAUGAGCCCUAGCCGCUACUUCAGUGGCGGGGAAAGUGACACAGGGUCCUCUGCUGAGUCGUCCCCCUUCGGGUCCCCUCUGCUGUCUCGCUCUGUAUCGCUGCUCAAGGGCUUCGCCCAGGACAGCCAGGCCAAAGUGAGCCAGCUGAAACAGUCGGUAGGUCGCCAUGGCUCCCUGUCUGCGGAUGAUAGCACACCAGACACCAGCCCAGGUGUCCGUCGCCGCUUGUCCCGCAGGGCUACCCCGGAGCCAGGCCCAGAGUCUGGCCAGGCACCACGUGGAGAGCACACAGUGAAGAUGGGCACCAGGGGCAGCGUGAGGCUGCUGGCCGAGUACGAGGCUGCUCAGGCCCGCCUGCGUGUGCGCCUGCUGGCGGCCGAGGGCCUAUAUGACCGGCCCUGUGAUGCCCGGAGCAUCAAUUGCUGCGUGGGGUUGUGCCUGGUGCCCGGGAAGCUGCAGAAGCAGCGGAGCACCAUCAUCAAAAACAGCCGCCACCCCAUCUUCAACGAGGACUUCUUCUUUGAUGGCCUGGGGCCAGCCAGUGUGCGUAAGCUGGCCCUCAGAAUCAAGGUUGUCAAUAAGGGUAGCAGCCUCAAGCGGGACACACUCCUGGGGGAGGAGGAACUGCCACUGACCUCCCUGUUGCCCUUUCUGUGAGGUCAUUGGUUGCUCCCUUCUAUACUUAGCUCAGCUGAGCCGGGUGGGGGUGGGCGGGGCCUGUUGCCCCGUGUUCCCUGGGUCUCUUAGUGGAUUGUUCUUUUCUUAGAAGGAGAUGGGCUGCUGGGGCAAAUACUGACUGGAACCCCUUCCCCCUCCACCUUGGCCCAUCCACAUAGAGUUGUGGGGUUCGUAGCAGUCCCAGGAUCCUGGUACCUAAGGCAGCUGGGACCCAGAACAGAGUUCCCUGAGUGUGGAACUUGUCCCCCACCCCCUCCCUCUUGGCUGCACGCGGGUGUUUUUCCCGCACAGCCCGGUUGCUCAGAUGCUCCGAUAACUUCUUUGUGACUUCCCCCAGUCUGUGGGAGGUCAUCCUCCCUGGCCAGGCUGGCUCCAGGUAGGCCUAGCCUCCCAAGUUCUGGCGCUGAUGUUCCAUCUAGAGCUACAGGAGGGCUUGGCUGAGGGAAUCAAGAAAGCCAGAGUGCACAGAGAGCCGAAGGAGGCGAGGAGGCGGUGACUCUUGGCUGAUGGCUCUUUGGCACAGGCUUCCCUCCACUCCUGCUGAUCAACCAGAGCCACCUGUAACCCAGGAGCUUCUGCCUCAAGCCUGUGGCUCUCUCCUCAUCUUGCAAGCUACAAACCACUCUCCCAGGGUGCCCUUGGCAAGUCGCCCUUUGCUCCAGAAUGUAAAUAGGCUAUAGCUGUGGUGGGUGGGCUGUGUGUGUGUGUAUGUGUGUGUGUGUGCCCGUGCUUGUGUUGGGGGGCAGGGUUCUGGGCUGUUUAUGUGUGUGUCUUUCCUGCACAGGAAAUCCUCAUGGGGUGGGAUACAUGGGUCCCUGAAUGGCUGCUGUGUUUUGCACAAACUCUAAGACUCAGAACAGAAUGGACUGCCUGUUGGAAAAUGGCAGAUAAGGGAGGGUCCAGCAUCCCUUUGUCUUUUGCUGUUUCCUUAAACUCUCAAAGCCCUUGUCCCUCUAGAAAAGGGUUUUGAGAUUGAUUGCUUGAACCCUUGAGGUGAGCCAAGCACCUCGGAGUUGAACCCCCACCCCAACCCCUGUGCCUGGUCCCCAUUGUCUCUGGGACUAGGGUACAUCCAGGACCUGGGCUGGUCAGUUGGAGUGGUAGACAGAGGGCCCCAGGGGUCUCUUGCUUUUUUCUGUCUCCCAUCUUCUAUGUUCUGUGGGGCCCUGUUUUUUAUACCCUGCACUGUUUGAUAUCUCUGUUUGCAGUUGACUGUACGUGAAUCUUUUAAGACACCUCCCCCAAAUGUGUUUGUUUAUAAUGCUGUUUUUAGUGCAGUAAAGGUGUUUGGGGAGUGCGGGGGUGCAGGCCUACUUGAUUUGUGUUUAAUAACAACAGGAGUUUCACCGUGGCUGGCUGGCAGGGUGGGGGAGCCUGAGGUGAGGAAGACCUUUCUCACACUCCUACUCUCUACCGAUUGGGGUUGAACAGAAGAUAGAAGAGGGAGGGAGACCCUGGCUGUUGUGAUGAGGGCUCACAGGUCCCAGGGCUGGGCUCUGUCCUCAGUCUCUAUCCAUACAACUCAGCCUGUCCCCACAACAGCCCGCAGAGUGGACAUUGUGGAUAUCCCAUGAAGCGCUGGAGGCCUGUGGACUCUGUCUAGCUAUCUGGUAGAGGUUGGGAGGGGAGGCAAGCUGUGCAGGCCCCAGAGAGCUAUCUCCAUCUUCUUUUUAGGUUUUGCCAACCUGGUCUCUUCAGGCACUGCUGGUUGCCUAAACCAGGUACUGGCCUGGAGCUGUCUGGCCCAGGGAGACCGGAAGACAGGUCUAGAGGCUGCUGCCUAGAUGGUAGGCACUUCCUACAGGAAGCCCUCUAGGGCCUCUCAGCUGGAACAGGGUUUUCUCUGCAGUGAGUUACUGUGUAGGGAUAACCUGACACUGGAGUUGGAACAUCUGGCCCCUGGGAGUUACCGUUCCUAUGCACACAUGUUCAGCAUACCCAGGGUGCUGGAUGAGGAUGCCUUAAAUGGAUGGCAGGCCUCGCUGAGAGGUGGAAGGCCCCGCUGCCCCUCAUUACCUUGGGGCUACUCUGUCAAUGUGGGUGGGUUGGACCUAUGCUAAGGGGAAGACCUGCUGUACUAUGACACCUGUGGCCUUCUGCCAGCCUGGGCAUGGGUAACAGCAAUGGAGAGAAGAAAUUGGGAUGUCCAAGACCAUGUGGGAAGGGCUGGGCUGGCCAUGCCCGUGGCUACGGGAGAGAAGUGAGUAGAACCCAGGCUGGGUGCCCUGGUGACUGGAGGGGGAGGUUCAAGGAUAUGGACUGACAUGUCUCCUAGACUCCUGGGACAGAGCACAGCUCCUGCUGUCUACCCAAGGCCCUGUGACCCCUCUGAUCCCCACCAAGGACCCCAUAUCCCUCUGACUCCAGGACAGGAUUCUGUGUCCCUCUCUGCCCAGGACUGGUCAGUUUAGCUUAGUGCCCCAGGGUGCAUCAAAUGCCCAUGUUGCCAUUGGGAUCCCUCUUCCAGGUCCCUAGCAGCCCUUCCUGCCAGUGGCCAGAUGAUCAGCACCACUGAGGCUGAGGUCCUAGGAUGGGUUGCCAGGGCAACUGGCCUUCUCCUGGGCCACAUUCAUGCCAUUCAAGAGCUGAUGUCAUCUCUGGAAACAAGUGUUCUGUGUGUCAUCCUGACACCCUGUGUGGCUCUGAACACAUCCCUGCCUUGGUUUGUACACUUUGUGUGUCUUAACUUGUUGUCCAUAUGUAAUGUGUGUGUGGCCUUUUAUGGCCAUGUUUUACCCUGUGUCUCUGUGUCUGACUGUGGCUUCCCUGGGCCAAAGCACAGGGCCUGCAUCGUGAUUUCCAAUAUCAUUGCUGCCCAAAGCUGAGAGCCCCUUUGAGCUUGGUCCCCCACUUUGCCUCAUACUGCCUGGGAGGACACCUGAAGAAACACACAGCGUGUCCGGCAUUGCCUGUUGACAUGAGUCCCAGGAGAAUUUCUCUCUGCCUUGCAACAGCCAGGGGAUUCAGGCUGCAAGGUCUGUGGAGAUGGCAGAGGCAGGCAUGAGUGUCAGCAUGCACCCUGCCAGCAUGGCUUCUGUCUGAGCUGUCUUUCCUUGAAGAUGCAGUGGGCAGUCAGGUGCUCACUGGUAGAAGCCUCUUAGUGGAUUCUACUCACUGCUGAUGCGCCAUCCUCAGAGGGAACUAGUGGAAGGGAUGCUGAGCUGAGGGAGAGGGUUCCAUCCAUGUUGGUUGCCUGGGUCCAGUUGUGCCUGCUCUCCCUGGCUGGGUGUCCUUUCAGCCUGGAAAGGUGACGAAGUCUGCUCUGUGCUCUAGCCUGAUGGCUUCCAACAAGAAUGCUGGUGGCAGUAAGCCUAUGGCUGAGGGACAGGGGUCCUGGGAUGCUCCAGGGCGAAGCACAAAAGGGACACAGCUCCAGAAGCCUGGGAAGUGGACACUUGUAAAGCACGAGCCUCCUGCCUCAGAUCUGUAGAAGGCGCUGAACCUAGGAAGGGAACAGAGGAAAGGGGUCCAGGGUAGGGGGCCAAGGAAUGGAGUGGAGGGGGGGGUGGGGCAACAGGGAUGACUUACUCCCGCCCUGUAUACCCUUGCUGGCUCUACUCUGGAGCUCUGGAGCUCCACCAGCCCUCCCUAAGCCCACUCACUGAUGUGGGGUACUGAGGCUGUUUGAGGGGCCUCCCUUAUCUCCAUGUCCCAGAUUAAGUCUCUGUUUUCCACUUGACUGUGUGGGGGUUCUAGGUGAGCACAUGAUCAGCUUGUGUGUGUGUGUAGUAACCCUGGGCUCAGUCCUCAUGCUCUGCAAUGGUAAUUAACACAAUCAUAUUAGGUGGUAAUUGCAGGUUGUGGAGGCAGUGGCUCCCUGCUCCUGCUCUAGGUGGGCGGAGCCUCAGCCAGCUCAGCUGACCGACUUUGGGUUUCAAGCUGCUGGAGUUGAAGGGGAGGAAGGGCUGCAUGGCAAUGCACACCUAGGUGUUUACAGGGUGUGGUUUGUGAGCUGGCCACCUGUUUACCCACUUUACCAUGGUUUGUAUAAGCUCCUGCCAUGAGGGCCACUGAUGGAAGGCUUUGGUUCAGGGCUGCUCUGGUGCAGUACAGCCUUGGUUUGAAUCCUGGCAGGUUGCCACUUCUCUGUGACUCAGUUUCCUCCCCAGCACCCUGCAUCCUACCCUGAGGGUGGUGUGGGAGGGGUAGAGACUGAAACCCAGCACUGCGUUCUGCUUGCUGGAGUGCUGGGGUGAGAGUCAGCUUCUCCCAUUGCCAGAGAGAGGGCUGGGCUGGGCCUGACUCCUGGAAGUGGGGCUUCUGUCUAGUCUACUGGGUGUCUUGGUUGAAACUAGGAGGGCUUUAGGCCUCAGGGGGAUUAGCCUGGACUGGUCGGCCUCAGAACUCAUGUGCCACGUCAUGCCACAGGAGAGCCCUGAUCGAUGGUGAUACCAAGAAGGCAAGAGUGAUAUUUUUGUCCCUUUCUAAGCUCUGGAUUUUUCUUAACCCGAGAAGAGACUAAGUGUAAGAUGUGAACUGUUGGCCACGUGAUAGAGCUAGCUAGUAUUCCAUAUGUUAGCUGUAUGCAGUAAGUGCUCAGAGCAUCCUGGCUGCACAUAGCAAACAAUGCAUCUAGAAGGUGCUCAGAUCUGGCUACUGAGUCUAUAGAAGAAGGCGGGUCCCCUUGGUGACUUGUGUUCCAGAUGACAUCCACAACCCUCUCUCAGCUUGGGCAGUUUAGAGCAACAGUUAGAUGUUAUGAUAUGACUCCACAAGACCAGGUAACAACUCUCAGGUCCCAAAGAAACCCAGGACAUAUGGUUAACUACGGUGCCUAUUAACAUGUGGAAGUGCUUGCUGGCAGCCAGGUUCACUCAGUUCCUGUGACUCUCUGCUCUUACCUCUCCUCCCUGCACCUUCCCCCAGACUUCUCCAGCCCAGGAACGUCUGAUGCCAAUCAAAACCUGCCAUUUUGUCCAAGUGUGGUCUUCAUUCUUUUCUUGCGUCCUCUUGGUCUUCUGCUCUUGACUCCCGAUCCUCUCUUUUCUCUUCCUUUCUUGCUCUCCCUGCACCUUCCCUUUCCAGUCUGGUCUACUCGGCUGGCCAAGUUCUAUUUGGUACUUUCUUUCCCUGCUCUGGACUCUUCCAGAUGCCUCUGGCUGUUCUCUCCCUCAUAUCUACAAUAAACGCCCCCUCCUCAACCAUA